AUGAGAAUGCUCGAGAUCUUUCUGUUUCACACUCUCACUGAUUCAUCAUUUUUAUCACCACAAAGACUCAGAGUGAUGAACAGAAUCAUAUCAUCACAAAGAUCAGACUUGAUCCUGCACAAACUCUCUCAACACACUUCAUUCUUCGGCAUCAAGCUCUGGAUCCUCAUCACAGCUUCCGCCUCCGUAGCGUUCCUCCUCGCUCUGAUCGUUUCUGUUUCCCUUUGUUUCAUCUUUCACAGGAGAAGAUGUCAACAAGAACCAUUCAGACUAAAAUCAAAUCUUUGUCUGCCUUUGUCACACAUUCCCUUAAAUCCGUACAACCGUUUCGUUAAUGAUGUAGAGAGCCAUAGAAUCUCUUACGUCGGUCGGUACUCUGCUCAUCUUCCCUACUACACUCACAGCUUCUCCUCCACCGGCGGAUUUGGAAGCUUCACCGUGUUUACUUUCAUAGAGAUCCAGAGUAUAACAAACGGAUUUGCAGAGGAAAAUCUGAUCGGUAAAGGAGAGUCUUCAAUGGUGUAUCUAGGAAUCUUGAUGGGUACAGUCACUGUUGCUGUCAAACGGCUCUUCCCCAUCCAUCAAAGGUAUGAAGAUAACUAUUUUAUAACAAGAGCUGAGAUGAUAGCAAACGUUAGACACAGGAAUGUCAUGAGACUCCUCGGAUAUUGCAUUGAAGGAGACGAGAGGGUUCUUGUUUACGAGUAUGCUGAAAAAGGAGAUUUGCACGAAUGGCUUCAUGGAUCUUCAGGGAGGAAUCAGCCUCUGACCUGGAGAAAUAGGAUGAACAUCAUUCAAGGAGUAGCAAAAGGACUCGCGUAUUUUCACGAAGACAUUGAACCAAGAAUAACUCAUCAAGACAUAAGACCAACCAAGAUUCUUCUUGAUCAUCAAUGGAACCCUAAGAUCAUUCUCUCUAUUCCCAGUCACAGUGAUAUUCCAAUGAACUCAGCUUUUCUUCCUUCGUCUACUAAUCUUGAUGAUAAAAUCGAUGUCCAUUGCUUCGGAACAUUGAUCAUGGAGCUUGUGUCCGGAAGAGUCUCUGUAGACCAAAAUUCACCAAAUAUUUAUCUAGAAGACUGGAUCAAAGGGAUGGUGGCGAAUCACAUGAUAGUAGAUGUUCUUGAUCCUAAGCUGCCGGAAUUUCCUACAGUGAAGGAACUUAAACGGAUUGUGUUGAUUGCCUUGCGCUGUGUGGAUCCAGAGAUUGAACAAAGACCUAAAAUGGGAGAUGUGAUUCACAUGUUACAGCCACAUGACUUGCUACUGAGUAGUACUGCAAUACAUAAGCCUCAGAAGAUUACACGGACAAACGAGGUUUCUGCAAUCAGUAUCAGAACCUGA